AUGGGAUUCCACCUGAUCCUGCCCAUCCAGCGCAUCCCACGAUACGAGAUGCUGCUCUCGACGCUCACCAAGCACACGCCGUCGAACCACUCGGACUACCGGGAGCUCGUCACCACGCUGGACAAGAUCAAAGAGUUGCUCAACUUCCUCGACGAGACCAAGCGACGCGAGGACAACAAGCGCAAAAUCCAGCACGUCAUGGCGCACCUCUCCACCCCCAAACACAAGCUUCCACGAAUUUUGGAUGAGGAGCACAUGAAGGGUCGGGUCUUCCUGCGGGAGGGCCUGUUGUACGAUACCUACGGCAAGAAGCGGAAGGAGUGCUACGUGUUCAUGUUCGACGAGUUCCUCAUCAAGACCUCGCUCAAGAACACCCACCGGCUCACAACCAACCUCACCCGGCUGGGACUCAGCCAAAAGCCCGCGGAGCAGAAGCCGCCUCAGUACGAGUACAAGGACAUCAUCCCGUUCUCCAAAGUCUUCGUCUCGUCGCCAUCCCUCGAAGAAGAAGCUGAGGAGGGGCUCAACGUUACGUUCAAGCUCAUCGAACGCAAUCCCGCGCCGGACACGCCACCCUGCGUGCAGACGUUCACCUGUUCGUCGGAGAACGAGCGCAAGUCGUGGAUGAAGGACAUCAGCGAGGCCAUCAACCUCAGCGCCGUCAUGAUGCAGGUCCACUCCACCUCCAUGAUCGUGCGGCGAAAAUGA